UAGAUUAGCUAACCGUACUAGCUAUGUCCGUUCAGCAGAGGCACCGACGAUUGAACGAAGAAAAACUUUCCGUACUCUGCAUUUCGUCGUCCUCGCUAACGUAAACUUCGAUUGUUCUGCCUCAAAUCGUAUACUGCGAUUUUAUAUAACGAGCGCCUUGUCAAGUUUAAACACGCAUUAAAUCGCACGAAUUUCACCUUAAUUUACGGAAUUGUUUGCGAUUCGCUUUAAUGUGAGAUUAAGUUAGGAUAAAAGUAAGGCCACUAUAACCGGAAGAAGAGUACGUGCGCGUCAGCGGUAGCUGAAGGUUUAGCGCACACCGCGCUGUUUUUCCGUUCGGCCGCCAUUUUGUCCGUUCCUCACCUCUAUGUGGACUUUGCCUUUUAUGGAGUCUUGUAGGUGUGGCUAAAUGUGCAGCGAGCACGCUCGGUAAUUUAUGGUAAUCGGCGUUCAUUAACAUGUACAUGCGAGUACGGAGAAUAUGGGCGAAGGAUAAUUUCCCCGUAAAUCUGAGUUCAUUUGAACCUACGGAAACAACUUUUCUAAAAAUAAAUAAAUAAAUUUGACAAACGAGUGCUGUUCAUUUGGGCUUGAAAGAAGGCAAAUCAAAACAAAUCAAUACGUUUAGACAAAUAUGACUAGAAUUUCAGCUAGAGCAAAAGUAAUGGCACCUCAGAGAAGGAGAAUGAGUAAGUGUGCGUGUUACAACCCGCUAGCUUUGGGAUGGGAAAUCUUUUGUGUGCUGUGCCAUAUUUUGUGUGGAAGUCCGGACUCCCGCCCAGAGUUUCCAGCCUGCCCUAGCCUGCUUGCUCCCGCCUCCCAGGAUGACAUCACUGAGCGGCGGCCAUAUCUGAAGAGGAAGAAGAUAUAUUCUAUAUUCACAAUUCUAUAUUCACAAUUCUGUAUUCUGCCUGCUGUUCUGGGGUUUGGACUGUGAUGCUGGUUGUUCCUGUAUCUGGUUGUGUAUACUCUUCACCAGCGUAUACACGUUCGCUUGGUUCACUGGCGGUAGGGGUGUGGCUGCCAUUUCUUUUGGGAGAGGGUCCUUUUGGCUCUGUUUUUGGCUUAGGGAGUUAGGGAAGUAUUUGUCUUUUCUUUGUUAUUUGCUUUUUAGGUAAGCUAGCUACCUAACAAUAGAAUCCCGAGCUGGUUACUCUGUGCCGCCUAACCUAGACUGGGCCGUAACAGAUUUGGGGGCUCGUCCGGGAUAAAUUCUUUAUCUUUUUUUUUUUUUGUGGUGAGUCAGGUUGUGUUGGUGUAUUGUGCCUUUUGUAAGGAUGGCAUUUGAUUUGAUUAAGUUUACGUUGUGUCCUUCGUUAGAGGACUUUGAUAGGUGUAGGAAGGAUGAGCUGCUCCUUAUUGGAGACUUUUUUGAUGUGGCACUUCCCCGUACGGCUAGCGAAAAGGUGGUUAAAGCAGCGUUGUAUGAGGCACUCGUAGAUCAACAGAUCCUACCGGAGCGUGGAGCACUUCCGGGCGUCGCCGCGCAGCCUGUGCAGCUUACGCAGCCUACCCAGCCUCUUCCGGUUACCGGCAGGGCGGAGGCCGUGACUGAGCCGGAGGAUAAGGUUGUUGCGGGUUGUGAACAGCCUGAGGCCGGCACAGUGGACCCCGGUUGGCAACUAGCGCUAAAAGAGCUUGAGUUGGAGAUUAAGCGGCAAGAGUACCAGACGCAGCUCCUGCGAGUUCGGGAGCCUGAGCGGGAUGCUGAAGGGAGAAGGCUCGACCUGGCAGCUCGGCAGCGGAAGCCGGUGCCGCUGCCACGGAAGCUGAACUCCCUGAGAGCAACCUCCCCGUGUUCCGGUGACGCAGAGCACACCAGCCCGCAGCCGACUCCAGGGCCGUCCUCAUCGGUGGAUAAGUUCCUGUACCACCUCCGUCUGUCCAACGAGAACCUGAUGGACGUGUCCCUGCGCUUCCGGAGGGAAAUGGACAGAGGCCUGGGCAGGGACACCAACCUCACAGCCUCGGUCAAAAUGCUGCCCACAUUUGUGCGCUCCACACCUGAUGGCACAGAAAAAGGCGACUUCCUGGCGCUGGACCUCGGCGGGACGAACUUCCGAGUCCUGCGCGUUAAAGUGUCGUCUAACGGCAAACAGACGGUGGAGAUGGAGAAUCAGAUUUAUGCCAUUCCUGAGACUCUGAUGAGGGGCAGCGGGACAGAGCUGUUUGACCACAUCGCUGAAUGUUUGGCUAACUUCCUGGAGAAACUGGGUAUAAAGGAGCAGAAGCUGCCGCUGGGCUUCACCUUCUCCUUCCCCUGCCAGCAGACCAAACUUGACGAGAGCUUCCUGGUGUCGUGGACCAAGGGCUUCAAGGCGAACGGGGUGGAGGGGAAAGACGUGGUGGACCUGCUGAGGAAAGCCAUCAGGAGGAGAGGGGACUUCGACAUCGAUAUUGUCGCUGUGAUCAACGACACCGUAGGCACCAUGAUGACCUGCGGCUUCGACGACCAUCACUGCGAGAUCGGCCUCAUCGUAGGUACGGGUACGAACGCGUGCUACAUGGAGGAGAUGAGGAAUCUGGAGCUGGUGGAGGGAGACGAGGGCCGCAUGUGUGUGAACAUGGAGUGGGGGGCGUUCGGAGACGACGGCGCUCUCGACGACAUUCGCACCGACUUCGACCGCGAGAUCGACGCCGGAUCGCUGAACCCUGGCAAACAGCUAUUUGAGAAGAUGAUCAGUGGGAUGUACAUGGGUGAGCUGGUGCGCAUCAUCCUGGUGAAGAUGACUAAAGAAGGACUGCUGUUCCAGGGCCGGACCACGCCCGAGCUGCUCGUCACCGGCCACUUCAAAACCAGCUACGUCUCAGCCAUCGAGAAUGACAAGAGUAAGGAAGGCCUGGUGUGCGUGGAACAGGUUCUGCGUGAUCUGGGACUGGAUCCAUCUCCUGAGGACUGUGUGGCGGUGCAGCGCGUGUGUCAUAUCGUGUCGACGCGAGCGGCUCACCUGUGCGCCGCGACGCUCGCCGCCGUGCUGCGGCAGAUCCGGGACAACAAGGCCGUGGAUAGAUUGCGCACCACGAUCGGAGUGGACGGAUCCGUGUACAAGAACCACCCGCAGUUUGCGCGGCGGUUACACAAGAUGGUGCGCUUGUUGGUGCCUGACUGUGACGUGCGUUUCCUGCGCUCGGAGGACGGCAGCGGGAAGGGCGCGGCCAUGGUAACGGCGGUGGCCUACAGGUUGGCGAAGCAGCACGCCGAGCGCCAGCAGGUCCUGGACACGCUGCGGCUCAGCCGGGAACAGCUGAUGGAGGUGAAGAGGAGGAUGGAGGUGCAGAUGAAGAGGGGACUCGCCCAGGACACCCACAACUCGGCCACCGUCAAAAUGCUGCCCACCUACGUCAGAGCCACGCCCGACGGCACAGAGCACGGAGACUUCCUGGCGCUGGAUCUGGGCGGGACCAACUUCCGAGUGCUGCUGGUUCGAGUGCGCAGCGGGAAGCGGCGCAGCGUGGAGAUGCACAACAAGAUUUACACCAUUUCACAGGACGUCAUGCAGGGCACGGGGGAAGAGCUGUUUGAUCACAUCGUCCACUGCAUCGCUGACUUCCUGGAGUACAUGGGAAUGAAGGGAGCGUCAUUACCUCUGGGUUUCACCUUCUCUUUUCCCUGCCAUCAAGCUGGAUUGAACAAGGGCAUUCUGCUGAAGUGGACGAAGGGCUUCAAGGCUAGCGGCUGUGAAGGCGAAGACGUAGCGGCGCUGCUCAAAGACGCCAUUCAUCGCGUGGAGGAAUUCGAUCUGGACGUGGUUGCCGUGGUGAACGACACGGUGGGGACGAUGAUGUCGUGCGGAUACGAGAACCCUCAGUGUGAAGUGGGGCUCAUCGUAGGUACGGGUACGAACGCGUGCUACAUGGAGGAGAUGAGGAACGUGGAGCUGGUGGAGGGAGACGAGGGCCGCAUGUGUGUGAACAUGGAGUGGGGGGCGUUCGGAGACGGCGGCGAGCUCGACGAUAUCGGCACCGAGUUCGACCGCGCCGUGGAUGAAAACUCCACCAAUCCCGGCAAACAGAGGUUUGAGAAGAUGAUCAGCGGGAUGUAUCUCGGGGAGAUCGUCAGGAACGUCCUGCUGGAUUUCACCGCUAAAGGUCUGCUGUUCCGUGGAAAACUCUCCGAGAGACUCAAGACCCGCGGCAUCUUUGAGACCAAGUUCCUUUCCCAGAUCGAGAGUGACCGUCUGGCCCUGCGUCAGGUCCGCUCCAUCCUGCAGCACCUGGGUCUCACCAGCAGCACGUGUGACGACAGCAUCCUGGUGAAGGAGGUGUGCAGCGUGGUGUCUCAGCGAGCGGCCCAGCUGUGCGGCGCCGCGCUCGCCGCCGUGGUCGACAAAAUCCGUCAGAACCGCAACCUCAACUCGCUCAGCGUCACCGUCGGAGUGGACGGAACACUGUACAAGCUCCACCCACACUUCUCCAGCAUCAUGCAGGAAACUCUGCGAGAUCUGGCGCCCCAGUGCGAGGUCACUCUCCUCCAAUCGGAGGAUGGCAGCGGGAUGGGCGCGGCUCUGAUCACGGCCGUGGCGUGCCGCGUGAGGGACGAGUAGGAGCCGAGCCGAGCGCCGAGAGGACGAACAAACGGGACGGACAGAGAAGGGGAAAGGAUCGACUUCCAGAAACGAUCAGCGCUGUACCCCGUAGUGUGACUGUUCUCUCUCUGUGUGUGUGUGUGUGUGUGUGUGUGUGUGUGUGUGUGUGUGUGUGUGUGUGAAUGUAAGAGAAAAUGUUUGCUUUUUUUUGUGUUGUUUUUCUGUUUGAGAGUUUACGUGUAAUAAAUGGAGAAAGGGGGCGGGGGUUCCGGGGGAUCAUGUGACUUUGAUGGUCAUUAAUUUAUUCAGCGGCGUUUCCUGUAAACAUGUUUUAGAUAAUUAUGGUAACGUUUUAUUAACGGCGAGCGGAGAGAGAUUUCCACCGUGUUCGCGAAGGUCCGUGUUCCAGAUGCUCAGUGCGAAGGAGCGGGAUUGUCUCGGAGCGACAUUCCUCACGUCCGCAUCGCUUCCGGAGGUUCUCCGUUCGGUUCCGAUGCCCCACACCACCCUCCUGGAGCCAUGUAACGUUUCAGUGUAACCGACACAGCCAUGUCUCCUGCUGCUGAACCUCCGGAAGACCACACACACACACACACACACACACACACUCACACACACACACACACUCACACACACACACACACACACACACACACACACUCACACACACACACACACAACCAGUUUCUCUGCUUCUGUAUUUAAGACUGCUCUCACACCAGCUGCUUCUGGAGCACGGUUUUGUUUUUUGCCGAUUUACAUUAAAAUUAAAAUUCUCAUGGGAUUUGUACACUGUAACCAUAGCAACACUCCCACCGGGCUAAUCCUAGCUAGUAACCAGCUCACUUGCCUGUGAGGAUGAUUUACAUUCACAAGGGCUUCAUGGUCCUGCUCUUUUUCCACUAAAGCAAACUUGUUCAGUUAAAUUAUUUCCUCUUUGUUCAAAUGUUAAUGAUGAUAAAAACCUCUUUGUCCAAUCUACACUCCGGAUUUCACAAAUAAAUAUUUUGUUUACAAAAUGGCA